ACACACACACACAGGCAGGCAGGCAGGCAGCCCCCCUAUGCAACAGUGUGCCGCACCGGAGACUCAAGUCACAAUGCGCCGGCGGUGGUAACGUGGAGCGAUGGUGCCUUUUGGAGCUUUGCAGCGUGCAGAUGUCGCAUGAGGGCAAUGCGCCUUUUUUUGGUCUUUUUUUUUUUUUUCCUUCUCCUCCUCCUUUUUCUUCUUCCGAUUGAAAGGCAAGCGCUAACCUUCACCAUGCUUUAACCUUGGACGCAGAGGGGAAUAUUAAUACUUUAUUCUCAUCGAUUAUUCAUUGCGAGAGCCCCGCUGAGAGGGGAAACAAAGCGUUCCAAUGUUGAAUUUGAUCUUUAAUUCAUGCACGGGGUGUCGUUGGGCGGUCAUCUUUGUUUACAGAAAGAGUUCAUCAUCGCAGAGCGGCAUGUGAGAGAGCUAAUGCCCAUUAAAGGGGGUUCACAAAUCGAUUUGAUAUCCAAUUAGCUGGGCAGCAAUAUGCCAUCUUUGGAUUUAGUCCUCUAAAGGUUUUGCGGAAUAAUCAACAGGUUGAAAGUCAAGGUUUUUUUUCCUCCUCUUUCUCCUGUGUGCCAGUAACACAUAUCCAACUGAAGGGAUGCGUCUCUCUGUUCCCAUCUUCCUUCUGCUGUGGGUUAAAGCCCUGACAUUGAAAAACCUCAGUUAUUCUGUCCCGGAGGAGCAAGGACCCGGCACUGUCAUCGGUAAUAUCGCGAAAGACGGCGGUUAUGGGACCCUGGAGAGAGGGAAAAAAUCCAACUUCAGAGUGUUGGAGAAUUCCGCGCCACACCUGGUGGACGUCGACCCGGAGAGUGGACUUAUUUUCACCAAACAAAGGAUUGACAGGGAGACGUUAUGCCGGCGGAACCCAAAGUGCCAGCUCUCCAUGGAAGUGUUUGCCAAUGACAAGGAAAUAUGCAUGAUCAAGAUCGACAUCCAGGACAUCAACGACAACUCGCCCGGUUUCCCCUCCGAUCACGUUAACAUCGACAUCUCUGAGAACGCAGCAGCGGGCACGCGCUUCCCUCUGACUAUCGCACAUGACUCGGAUACCGGAGAGAACGGGAUCAAGACUUAUCAGGUCACCAGAGAUGAUUACAAUACAUUCUCGCUGGAUUUAAAAGUAAGAGGCGACGGGACUAUUUAUCCGGAGCUGGUGGUUCAGAGACCUUUGGAUAGGGAAGACCAGAACCAUCACACCCUCCUCCUCACCGCCAUAGAUGGGGGAGAGUAUCCCAGAUCAGGCUCCAUGCAAAUCAAUGUCAGGGUGACUGAUUCGAAUGACAAUAGCCCCAUUUUUGAGAAAUCCUCCUAUGUGCUGGAACUCCCCGAGAAUUCCCCGCCUGGAAAAGUACUCAUAGAUUUGAACGCCACCGACCAUGAUGAGGGGAGCAACGGACAGGUGGUUUACUCCUUCACAGGAUACGCAUCUGAGCGAAUACAAGAUUUGUUCUCCAUUGAUCCCAAUACUGGAGUCAUCAAGGUUCAGGGGGAAAUUGAUUAUGAAGAGAAUCCCAUCAUAGAAUUUGAUGUGCAGGCCAAGGAUCUUGGGCCCAAUCCCAUACCGGGCCAUGCGAAAAUUACUGUCAAAGUGCUUGACAAAAAUGACAACUCACCAAUAAUCAGUUUUGUUUCUGUGCGGCAGGGUGCCAUCAGCGAGGCGGCACCCUCCGAAUCUGUCAUCGCGCUUGUCAGAGUGACGGAUAAAGAUUCCGGCCGGAAUGGUCAGCUCCAGUGCCGGGUGCUGGGAAACGUUCCUUUCCGUCUGCAAGAGAACAAUGACAAUUUUUACACGCUGCUCACCGACAGACCUUUGGAUCGGGAGACCAAAGACGAAUAUAACGUCACGAUCGUGGCCAGAGACAAUGGCAUCCCCUCGUUGAACUACACCAAGUCGUUCACUGUGAAAAUCUUGGACGAGAACGACAAUGCGCCCCGCUUUACUAAAGUCGUGUACGUGCUGCAGGUGCCCGAGAACAACAUCCCGGGCGAGUAUCUGGGCUCCGUCCUGGCCCACGACCCGGACGUAGGCCGCAACGGCACAGUAACCUUCUCCAUUUUGCCGUCGCAUAUCGGCGAAGUGUCUGUUUAUACGUACGUUUCUGUUAACCCCACCAAUGGAGCCAUAUAUGCGUCGCGCUCUUUUAACUAUGAGCAAACAAAAUCCUUUGAAUUCAAAGUUCAGGCUAAAGACGGAGGCACCCCUCACAUGGAGAGCUCUUCCACCGUCAGGGUCAACAUCCUUGAUGUCAACGACAAUCUCCCAGUGAUCAUUUUACCGCUCCUUCAAAACGAUACAGCGGAAAUCCCGGUGCCUCGCAACGUGGGCAUCGGCUACAUCGUGGCUACGGUGAAAGCGGUGGAUCACGAUCACGGAGAGAGCGGCCACUUGACGUACGAGAUCACCGAAGGGAACGACGACCACCUGUUCGACAUGGAUCCUAUAGGCGGCGAAGUCCGGACCACCCACGCCCUGUGGGAAGAGGUCUCGCCCGUGGUUGAGCUGGUGGUAAAGGUAACCGACCACGGCAAGCCGCCCUUAUCCGCUGUAGCCAAGCUGGUCAUCAAGGCCAACGCGGAAGCAGCAGCAGGUGGCGGGGGCUCCGGCGUGAGCGGCGAGCAGCAGCACUGGGAUGUAUCCCUGCCCCUCAUCGUUACCCUCUGCAUUAUCUCUGUCAUGCUCUUAGCCGUCAUGACGGCCAUCGCUGUCAAGUCCAAGCAUCAAGAUAAAGAGAGCGGGAAUUAUAACUGCCGAAUGCCUGAGUACUCCAAUCCUCCGGUGGGGAAGGGCAAGAAGAAGCGGAUCAACAAGAGUGACAUCAUGCUGGUGCAGAGUGAGAUGGAGGAGAGAGAUUCGGCCAGCCGCAUGAAUGUGGUGAGCAGCCCCUCGCUCAUUACUUCGCCCAUUUGCUUCGACUACCAGAGCCCCCUGCCGCUCACGCUGCCCAGAUCCGAGGUCAUGUACCUGAAGACGACCCCGAACAGCCUGACGGUACCCAGGCCGGGUUGCCACUCCAGCUUUGCCGGGCUGAACACAGACACAACGGCAAACAGGAUGUCCGUGAUACAGACAGAAAACUUCCCCUCCGAGCCCAAUUACGCUGGCAGCAGGCAGCCGUUUGUUCAAAGCUCUACAUUUAAGGAUGCAGAACGAGCGAGCCUCCGAGACAGUGGCCAUGGUGAUAGUGACCAGGCUGAUAGUGACCAGGAUACUAAUCGAGGCUCCCAGUGUGACACGUCUGCCAGGGAGGCCCUCAAGAUGAAAGCCACAUCAGUUAAUGGGCAGCCUUUCGAGCAGGAACAAGACAAAUCAGUCCACUGCACCGAUGAGUGUCGUGCACUGGGACACUCUGACAGAUGCUGGAUGCCAAAGUUACGGAUCGGAAGCCAAGCGGACAGCGCAGAUAAUCGCACCAACCUUUUCAUCCCCGUGGGAAUGGAUGCCAUGGUAGAGACAGAGAUUUAUGGCACCAUCAGCCGCGGCAGUCGGAAAACCCUCAGCACCUUCGGGAAGGAGCAGCGGGACAGCACCGUCCUGGUGGCCAACGUCAAACCCUACUUGAAGUCGCAGCGUGCGCCGUGCCCGCCCCUGCAGGAGAGUCCGCCGGCCCCCGCGAGCCCCGGCAAGAGCGGACCGGCCCUGGACUCGGCCGAGCAAGAUGUGAAGGAGGAGCGGGAGGGGGGCUCAGACAGCAGUGCCUACGGCCCUCCGGACGGCCAGUGCUCCCCGCUGCACACCGCGGUGGAGGAGCCCUCCUACCUGACCCGCGAGCUCCGCCCCAAGGCACUGUCCAGCAGCCUCAUUCACAGUGCCGUCAUCAGCCAGGAGUGUGGUGUGUCGGAGUACGAGCAGCAGGACUCGGGGAACUGACGUGGCGGAACCCUCGCAAGCGCUCUUAAGUGUGUGAUUGGGGCCGAUUUGAGGGGGUGGGGGGGGGGGUUGUUUUUUGUUUCUUUGGGGUCCAAACAUUGUAUAACCAAAAAUCAUCUGCUUUGUGUCUUUCCUUGUUUUUUACUCAGUGACUCGUAGGGAUGGGCAAUUGAAUAAUUUCCUUGAUCGACGGUGGAAAAAAAAAAAAAAAAAAACACAAUGACCAAUCAAUUGAUUAAUUGUUUUUUUUUUUUGUUUUGGUUUUUUUUUCCUUUUUUUUUGUAAGAAUCUCUUUCUGAAUGUCCGGAACUCCUGUUGCCAUGCUUGUGGUGUAUUGAACAGAGAAUAUGGGCCGUUGGCAUUGAAAAAAACUGACGUCACGGUGUACUUCUUUAGACAGCAAACGGGCGCAUCUCAAUGAAUCCGAAUAUUGUCCGAGUUCUGUUCAUUACUUUGUCGUCACAGUAGAAAAGUUGAUGAAACCCCAGCUCACCCGUGACCCUAAUUGGGAUAAACAGUAUAGAUGGAUGAUCAGAGCUGACGGCUUUCGAAAAUCCACAAAUUCAACAUCUGAAGAAAUGAGAAUACAGGAUUACAUAAGAAACCGUUUGUUUUGGCUGGAACGGCCCUCAUGGUGAAUCCUUGAAAUUACUGUCAAAGUCCGAUGCCGAAAGUCAUAUAUUACACCUACAUAUUCAUUAAACACUCUGGAAAUUCAAAUGCCUUUUUGGGGCGGGUCUUCACCUGCCCCAAAAGUGAAAUGUGCUGGACUGUGUGGUUUCUGGUGAAAAUGUAUCUAUUUUAUGGGUUCUAAACGCACCCAAACGUCACUCAGUAGCAUAUCCCCAGAGAGUGAGA